CUAUCUGCUGUGGUCGAUCUGAUGACGUGCAUGAUACAUGCCUUCUCAUUUCAGGAAUCAUCAGGGCCUGUGCCAGUGAGAAAGAGAGAGCGUCGGAAAGCGACAAAGGGGGAUGAACGGCGGCUCUGUAUGCUUCGUGUCCCCGUCGCUGUUCCCUGUUUGCGCCGGUUCUCGUUCCAACUUCAACUUCAAGGUGGGAAUAAAACCUUCUUUUGCUAUUGGUCCUGCAAAUGCUGCAAGGGUAAACAAUGCCGCCGAGGACCCUACUACUACUAGCAGCAGGGACGAAGAAGAAAUUAGGGUUUGCGUGAACAGGACAUGCCGGAGGCAGGGUUCCUUGGAAACCCUUCAGGUUCUUUCCGGCAUUGCGCCGCCUCAUGUCACCGUCAAGUCCUGUGGUUGUUUAGGUCGCUGCGGCGCGGGGCCGAACCUCGUGGUUCUGCCUCGAGGCACCUCCGUGGCUCACUGCGGGACUCCCUCCCGGGCUGUCCAUGCCAUGAUGAGUCUGUGUGGAGGCGAUCCUGAUUCUUGGAGUAACAGCUUGGAAGCUCUUGCAUUGAGAAAGAGAGCCCAGGAUGAAUUGGGGAAGGGCGAUUCCAGUGCUAAUGCUUCUCAGGCUGCUGAACUUUUACUUUCUCAGGCUGUAAAUCUUAAACCAUAUGGAGGUAUCCAUGUUCUUUAUAAAGACAGGUGUGUUGUGAGGUUGGUAAUGGGUAAUAUAGCUGGGGCUCUUGAAGAUGCGAAACAAGCUAUAAGUCUAGCUCCUAAAUACUAUGAGGCGUACAUCUGCCAAGGUGAUGCUUUAAUUGCUAUGGACCAAUUUGAUGCAGCUGAGAUGUCGUAUGCAAUUGCUGCAGAGUUAGAUCCUUCCAUUCGACAAUCAAAAUCAUUCAAGGCUCGGAUAGUAAAGCUUCGACAGAAAUUCAUUGCUGCAGGUUUGCCACAAGUUCUGCCAUCUAGCUAAAGUAGUAAAUAGAUGAAUUACGGGUUGUUGGCAUGUGGGGUGGGUUGCUUUGACAAUUUCACUUCAGUGGCUGGAAUAGAGACAGACAGUAAUGCAGGCAGUGUAACAACCAAACCAGCAGCGGCGAUGGUGUAGGGCCCCUUUGUUGCAGCAGUGAAGGCGGUGAGACCCAACAAUUAUGAAGAUGGCAGAGGCGGGUCAUGGCAAAGAGACCAGUGAUGACACCUAGCACCAGGGGCAUCAGGCAACACGUUGGUCGGAGAAGAGCAAAUCAACAACCUAUGUUACAUGGAUUCAGAGAUGAGUGAGGACUUUGAGAAACAGAGUAGAGGUGGUGGGGGUGACUUAAGCUGAGCUUGACAAGAAGACCUCACUGGUCAGAAGUAAUCCCCAAGAAGCAUUGUUGACAUGUCUGUUGCAAGACAAGAUCUCGUUGGGAACAAGGCAGUUGCGAUCCAAGCCAACACCAGACGUCAACCAGGUCAACAGUGAAAUUGUAGUGCAGACAAUUGAAAAUGGGAUCCACUAGUUAUGCAUCCAGAUUUACAGCAAUUGCAGCAACCCCAAUUCCAUUUGUAAGUGUGGAGUUCUGCCAACUUAUUCAUAUUGCGGAACCUAAU